GUUCACAGCUCCCUCGUCAGGUCUCCCCGGGAUCGGUGUUUUGCAUCGCUCCUGGAUUUGCAUUUCUCCCUCAGAUUUUCCAAGCUGCGGGUUCAGCGGCCGCUUCUUCUUCUUCACGGCUCAUUUUUUUUGUAUCUAUACGCGCGCCUCCAUUUCCACUGCAACAUCCAUACGCACAAAGAGGAAGGGAGUAAGACUAAAUAAAGGAAUAAAAAAAGGCGUCUGGAAUUUUUAAAUAAUGUCGCCUAAGCUUCACGAUUGGGAAACGUGAAGAUAUUUUUUAUUCCCUGCUUUAUUUUCCCUUUUUUUUUUGUUGGUGCGCACCAGCGGAUAGACACGUGUCCUCCGGGUAAACAGAAAGGGCUCGGUCGUGCCAGCGGAUCGCGGUGUUUUCUUCCAUUGUGCUGUUGUUUUUUUGGUUUCCCCUGUGUUUGCUACUGAACCACCGGACUUCAGCUUGAGCUUAAGCUUGGCUGCCAUAAAUAUAACCAUAGAUAUUAUCCGUUUUCCUCUGGCGCGCCUUGGUGAUUAAGACGCAUUUUUGGAGAUGUCGGAAGUGCUGCCUUUCAACGAGGAGAAAAUGACUCAUUAUGGAAAUGAGGGCGACGAGGAACACCUUUCCUUCACCUGUCGCCUUCAAGACACCAACAACUUCUUCAACGGCUCACAGAACAAGCGUCCGCCGAAACUCGGACAAAUUGGCAGGAGCAAACGGGUUGUGAUCGAGGAUGAGAAUGGCGACAGUGAGGCACUGAAAAAUGGAACAGAGAAGACUUCAGGGGAGGCUUAGAGCAUCCAAAACCCAUCAAAAGACAAUCCGAUUUUUCUUUCUAUGGCGAUAUUUACCAGUUCUAAUCCAAAGACACUGUAUAUAAGCACUUUCUCUCAUGUGGCAGCAAGCAAGCACUUCCACACCCUCUUCUUCCCAAUCCAUCAUGACCAGCCAGAUGGAUGGAUGCACAAACGCUUGCCAGGAGAUGGAGGAGGCAAAAAAAAAAACGCAAAAAAAAACAAAACAAUGGAGACCCCCAGGUGGACCCCCAUAACACAUAUACACAAACACACCCUUGAUAACGGGUUUUGCCAUAAAUCCCAUCAGGAGGAGAGGAGACUGGGGGGAGGAGGAGGCGGUGGGGGUGAAGUGAAGGAUGAAGGCAAUGCUGUCGAAAUGCAGAAAUCAGGGACAGGCUACAGAGGUAGAUCCAAUAUAAUAAACUAAAGCACACACUUCUACUAUAUCGUAUCAAUCGAACCUUUCUGCUCUUCGUUUUUUUGACUGAGGGCAGACGAAUACCAGAGUUUUGUAAAUAUGGAAAGGGUAGCCCAUAUUUUCUUGCACAAAGUGAGAACUGGUAAAGUGGAUUCGUUCCGUGCUGAAGACUUCAUUUAUUCCUAAAAAACCUCGGGCGAUAUGUCUUUUUUUGGAGUGACGUAAAGCCCGAGGGAGUGUUUCGUUCUUAUGUUGUAGAUUUCUGGUUUUAUUUAUUUAUUUUUUUAUAUGUUGAGAAAACCUUUGAGCAAGUGAGAGUGAUUUUAUUUUUCACUUAUGGAUAUUGAUGUUGCCUGAGUGUUUUUGUUACCAUACUUUGCAGCUAUAACCAGUCAUUUCUAAACAGUGUACUCCCCACCUGUUUGUAAGCUUACCCAGGCUUUCACCUGGAUUGAUUGAUACUGUAACUUCACUGUAAACACCCUAUUGAUAAAAAAAGAGACUAUUUAUACUGAAUUGUGCAUUAUUGUGUGUGCCAAAUCUCAUGGGGUUACAAAAAAAACAGAUCUUUUUUGUGCUUUAUACAUUUGCGCAUUGAUUUUAGUCAUUUCCCAUGGGUUGCCAUUUUUUAGGGCUCUUUUUUCGUAAAAAACAAAGAAAAAAAACACUUAAAGUACCAACUCAUGCAUGGCGAAUAUGAAUUCAUGCAUGCGUGGCAGCAGUUCUGAAACUCUUGUGUAAUCUUGAAGCACCUCGUAUACAGCUUUGAAUGACAGAAACCUCAAGAAACAGUCUUAAUUCUCCGUUGUACUGUACGACUCUCGCUGAUUUGUACAGUGGCCUAAUAUCUUGUAAUAAAGAUUAUGAUAACGUACUAUUUACUGUUAGUGUUGAUUGUGGUUUACAAUAAGGAAUGAUGUAUUUGAUGUUGCUUUUUGUUAAAAAACAACUAAAAACACUUUUAAAUCUGUAGCAAAAAACAUGAAAUUAUAGUUUUGUAUCAGAGAGUUAAAGACAGUAGCAGGUAGCUUGGCUUAAUUUUUGGACAUGUUGCUUGUACAGUUUUUCCUUUCCUUGUUGUUUUGCCUAUCCGGCUGCCAAGGAAAGGUAAAGACAGCAUUUUUUUUCACUGUGAGAAAGUAGCAUCCUACUCUUUGGAGACGGACAUGGAAGAGGCAGAUUGAUGAGCGAAUAAUCCCGUUGAGAAUCUGAGAUGCACACUUUGUUCUGCUGAGACAAAGGCGUGCUCAAACAGUUGCACAACAGACUAUGAUCUCAUUAUGUGUUACAGUUCUGCGAAAAAAUUUUUUUUGGUUUCUUUUCUUUGUGGGGAUAAUGUACAACACUGCUUCCCAAUGCAAUAAA